GCAACAUAAAAAUGCAUCACAUCAAUGGUUUAUCUUAUACCUUGUUUGUGCCUAUACCUAUACAUGUGUAUUUCGUUUGCAGUAAAGUGCAUAAACUUCAAGAAUUCAUGCUGUUUUUGAUAAUAUGUAUGACUGGUAUUGAAUUUUGAAAUAUUCAUUGCAUACAGCAUGAUGAAGACAUGAUGUAAUAAAUCAUCCAUUUGUUAAUUAUAUAUCCAUCAAAGACUACAUUUUAGUCAAUGCAUACACUACUAUAAAAACCGUGUUUCUAUAGUUAUUUCACAAAAACUGUAAAAAUGGAUGAGGUUGCAAAGCUAGAACACUUGUCACUGGUUUCAAAAAUUUGUACAGAGUUGGAGAAUCAUUUAGGAUUGAACGACAAAGAUUUGGCUGAAUUCAUAAUUCACUUGGCAGAGAAGAAUAAUACCUUUGAUAAGUUCAAGAAGGUGCUGAUUGAAAAUGGUGCUGAAUUUUCAGAAUCCUUCAUGGCUAAUUUGUUGAGAAUAAUACAACAUAUGAAGCCUUCUAAGCAAGCUCAGGAGAAGAUUUUAAAAUCUACAUCAAAGCAAGAUGAGCUGGCACAAAAGUUUCCUGCUCUGGCUAUGCCAAAUGAAGAACCACCACCGGUGGAAAACAACGAGCUUAAAGAUGAUGAUAUAGUCAGCAGUGCCAUGGCAAGUUUAGAAGAAUUGGCUCCAUCAAAAAAGUCUACCGAUAACAAAAAGGAUAAUCCACCAACAGAAAAUAAUGAUAAAAAAAGCAAACAUUCUAGAAGGAGUAGGUCAAAAGAAAGAAGAAGACACAGAUCCCGUUCGUCUAAUCGUAAAGACAAAAGGCACAGGUCUAGAUCUCGUUCAAGAUCGCGAGAUCGUUCAAGGUCUAGGGACAGACGACGUCGUAGAUCAAGAGAUCGUAGGAUAUCAAGAUCAAGGGAUAGAAAAUCUCGUGAUCAUAGAGAUAAACAUUUCGGCAGACAUGGGUCUGAUAGAUCUAGAUCGCGGUCCAUAGAAGAAAUUUCAAUGGACCCAGAAGUGGGCAAAAUUUACUCUGGGAAGGUUGCGAAUAUCGUACCGUUUGGCUGCUUUGUUCAGUUAGAAGGCCUCAAACGUAGAUGGGAAGGGCUAGUACACAUUUCACAAUUAAGAAGAGAAGGACGAGUUGCAAAUGCAAGCGACGUUGUUUCAAGGGGACAAAAAGUUCUAGUAAAGGUUCUCAAUAUUGGUGGACAAAAGGUUUCUUUAAGUAUGAAGGAUGUUGACCAGGAAACAGGCAGAGAUCUAAAUCCUGUUGUAGCUGUACCUAAACCAGAAGAAGAUGAAAAGCAUUUACGAAAUCCUGACAGACCCACGUCAUUGUUGGAACUUCAAGGUAAUUGGGAUGAGGAUGAAACGUAUUCCAGAAAACGGGUACAAAGGUUGUCGUCUCCGGAAAAGUGGGAGAUCAAACAAAUGCUUGCCGCGUCCUGUAUCGAUAGAAGCGAACUGCCAGAAUUUGACAUGGAAACUGGAAUUCUUCCUCGUGAAGAUGAUGAAGAAGAAGACGUAGAGAUUGAGUUAGUAGAGGAAGAACCACCGUUCUUACACGGUCACGGAAGAGCACUUGGAGACUUAAGUCCCGUUCGUAUAGUCAAGAAUCCUGAUGGUUCUUUGGCUCAAGCUGCUAUGAUGCAAAGUGCACUUGCAAAAGAAAGGAGGGAACAGAAAAUGUUACAAAGAGAGCAAGAAAUGGAUUCUGUUCCUACUGGCCUCAACAAAAAUUGGAUUGAUCCUUUACCGGAAGCUGAAAGCAGGACACUGGCAGCGAACAUGCGGGGAAUUGGUCUUCAAACUCAAGAUCUACCCGAAUGGAAAAAGCACGUAAUAGGCGGAAAGAAAUCAUCCUUUGGAAAGAAAACUAAUUUGACUCUCCUUGAGCAACGACAAAGCUUACCAAUCUACAAAUUGAGAGACGAUUUAGUGAAAGCUGUGACAGACAAUCAGAUCUUAAUCGUAAUUGGAGAAACAGGAUCAGGAAAAACAACACAGAUUACGCAGUAUCUAGCUGAAGCAGGAUUCACAGCUCGUGGAAAGAUUGGAUGCACGCAACCCAGAAGAGUGGCUGCUAUGUCUGUUGCCAAAAGGGUAGCAGAAGAAUUUGGUUGUCGUUUAGGACAGGAAGUAGGCUACACGAUACGUUUUGAAGACUGUACUGGACCAGAGACUAAUAUAAAAUACAUGACUGACGGUAUGUUGCUUCGAGAAUGUCUCAUGGAUUUAGAUUUAAAGACGUACUCCGUGAUAAUGUUGGACGAGGCACACGAACGUACCAUUCAUACGGAUGUUCUUUUUGGAUUGCUAAAACAAGCUGUCGGAAGACGACCAGAUCUGAAAUUAAUCGUAACAAGUGCUACUUUAGACGCUGUCAAAUUUUCGCAAUACUUUUUCGAAGCGCCUAUUUUUACUAUUCCUGGAAGGACGUUCGAAGUUGAAGUAAUGUACACGAAAGAACCUGAAACGGAUUAUCUAGACGCUGCACUAAUUACAGUAAUGCAAAUACAUUUACGAGAACCGCCAGGAGAUAUAUUGCUGUUUUUGACUGGUCAAGAGGAAAUCGACACAGCUUGCGAAAUUUUGUACGAACGUAUGAAGUCUUUGGGCCCUGAUGUGCCUGAAUUGAUCAUCUUGCCAGUAUACUCUGCACUUCCUUCAGAAAUGCAAACCAGAAUAUUUGAACCAGCUCCUCCUGGUUCGAGAAAAGUUGUCAUAGCUACGAACAUAGCGGAAACGAGUUUGACCAUAGAUGGAAUCUAUUACGUGGUCGAUCCAGGUUUCGUCAAACAAAAAGUAUAUAACUCAAAGACAGGAAUGGACAGUUUAAUAGUGACACCGAUAAGUCAGGCUGCAGCAAAGCAGAGAGCAGGCAGAGCUGGUAGAACUGGCCCAGGAAAAUGCUACAGGCUUUAUACUGAAAGGGCUUACAGAGAUGAAAUGUUGCCAACACCAGUUCCAGAAAUUCAGCGUACCAAUUUAGCAACUACUGUAUUACAGCUGAAAACAAUGGGCAUCAACGAUCUCCUGCAUUUUGAUUUUAUGGACGCCCCGCCUGUUGAAUCGUUAAUUAUGGCUUUGGAAUCUUUGCAUAGUUUAAGUGCAUUAGACAACGAAGGUCUUUUAACAAGAUUAGGAAGACGAAUGGCGGAAUUUCCUUUGGAACCCAAUUUAUCGAAAAUGCUGAUUAUGAGUGUGCACCUUCAAUGUUCUGAUGAAAUACUGACCAUAGUCAGCAUGUUAUCCGUUCAGAAUGUUUUUUAUAGGCCAAAAGAUAAACAAGCAUUAGCAGAUCAAAAGAAAGCGAAGUUCAAUCAACCUGAAGGUGAUCACUUGACUUUGCUCGCAGUUUAUAAUUCCUGGAGGAAUAAUAAAUUUAGCAAUGCAUGGUGCUACGAAAAUUUUGUGCAAAUCAGAACGUUAAAACGUGCCCAAGAUGUUCGUAAACAGCUCUUAGGUAUAAUGGACAGGCACAAAUUAGAUGUAGUAUCUGCUGGUAAAAAUACAGUGAGAAUUCAGAAAGCUGUAUGCUCGGGUUUCUUUAGAAAUGCUGCAAAGAAAGAUCCACAGGAAGGUUACAGGACUCUAGUGGAUAGCCAGGUUGUCUAUAUUCAUCCAAGUAGUGCAUUAUUUAACAGACAACCUGAAUGGGUUAUUUAUCAUGAAUUAGUACAAACAACAAAAGAAUACAUGAGGGAGGUGACAACCAUUGAUCCAAAAUGGUUAGUAGAAUUUGCUCCUGCGUUCUUCAAGUUUAGUGACCCAACUAAACUCAGUAAGUUCAAGAAGAAUCAACGACUCGAGCCACUUUAUAACAAAUAUGAAGAGCCAAAUGCUUGGCGAAUAUCAAGAGUUCGUAGAAGACGUAAUUAAGAAGUUUAUUAUACAAUCUGUAAAUAAUUUUGUACAGAAUUUCGCAUUAUUUAUGAACUAGUACGAAUAAAUAGUUCAUAGUUAAGUUGUGAUUUACUGCAGAUUCGUUAAAAGCAAAAAAAGAACUUAGAGAUUAUAGACGUAGUAUUUUUGUAACAUAUAAAUUUUUUAAAUAAUAUACUUAAUUUUAACGCAUAGUUCAAAUUGCACAGAACAUUCUUUUGACAUUUAGCAUGUCAAUCAAUGUAUUACUCUACACACAUUUACGAUUCCUUAUUUAGUUAAGAUAAAUUAUUACGUUUCAUAUACCUGUAUAUAGAAUAAUCUUUGGGCAGUAAUCGUGUUCAUUAGCGACAUAAAUGCAAAUGUAUUGCCUUUGAAAUACGUAUAUUAAUAAUGCAAGAAUAAGAACCACUGUUUUAUUUGAAAGUAUUAUGUUUAAUCGAAUAAUUCAACGAAUUCUAAAAAUAUAUUAGACGGAAUUUUCGUUUGCGAUGAGGUAUGCAAUGAUAUCAACAAGUACAAUAACGUAUUAUUAAAAUCUAACAUCAAUUAUUUUGACAUAAUUAAUUGUAUGAGCAUUUGUAUUAUUUACGUACGAAAUAUGUUAGUAGUUAGAGCAAAAUUUUAUGUAAUGUUCGUUUACAGUACUUUUUACAAUUUCAGAAACUAAAGUACAUAUUUUAUCGGAUAAAUAAUAUUAAUAAAAGCAGAGUAUCAGUCUCAAAGAG